UCAACAAUGCAAUACCCAUAACAUGUUAGAGUUAAACUCUACUCAUUUUUUCUCUCGGGUUGAUUGAUGUUUUAUUUUAUUUGUACUUGUUUUAACAAAAAUUACUAAUGUUGUGAAUAUUUCUUUAUAUUGUGUCUUGUUGGUGACAUAAUAAUCAACAAGAUGUCUGAAAAUAAUCACACUAUAGACCAUGGGUCACCUUCAAAUGAGACCAACCAGAAUGAAUCUAUCAUCAAAAAUGCUGAAGCAUUCUCAUCUAGCAUCAAAGUUCUCAAUCAAUUUAUCAGUCAUCUUCUCAGUGAGAUGAAAGUGAAAUUUAGCAGCCAUCCUGUCAAAAUUGCCGAUAUGGCAAGAUAUGACAUGUUUGUUUUGGAAACUUUGGUCAUCAAAACCAUGAUUUGUCUGGAUGGUUGUCUAAGUGUGAUCAAUGAGAAUAGCUCAACCCCAUCUUUAUCAACAUCUGCUAGUAAUACUACUACUACAUCCUCUAUCCAAAGAAGAGAAACUGACACUGGUCGAUUAACAAGUCAAGAAUCAAAGAGUUUAAAUGAUACUCGUACCAAUGCUGCUGAAAUUUUGCCCAACAUUAUUCAGUUGAUCGACCUUUUCUUUCAUCAGAUAAGGUGGACCAUUCUUAACUAUUUACCUAAUGAGGACGAUAAUCUGAAAAAUGUAAAAACCUUGAAAGCAUAUGAUUCACUACUGCGAAUGACAACAGUCAAAGCUGUCGGUAAACUGGGUCCUUUUGCUAUGUCAAUUGUCAAUUAUCUACCCAAGAGCUUACUUGAAGCUGUAGACAAAUGGAAUACUAUUCAAUUAGAAUCAAAUUUACCAAGUGCAGGAUCUCUUUGGCGUAAAGAAUUCACCUCUUCAGUUUUACCACCAGAGACAUUUGCAUUUUCAUUACAAAACUUCCAUUUUAGUGCGCUCACAACUAGUUAUUCCUCCGAUGAAUCUUGUUUCGUUACAGAAAACGCAAACCUCAAGCAUGUAACCAGUACUUUAUUGAAAGCUGCCGAAGAAAUAUUUUUAUGGUCAACUUCUAAUGGCUCCAACCAUUUCCAAAGUCAGCUGAAAGAAGAUUUUGCCAAAAUCCUGAUUCCUUUAGGCCUUGAUCUAACCCUUGAAUCAUUCAACAAUCAUUGCAAUCAAGCUAUAGAAAGUAUUUGGGGAUCUCGUGAGAGUGAUGAAUUUCUUUGUGCAAAUUAUAUUGUGGCCCUUCACCAUAGCUUUGCCAUACUGACAGAACACAGCCAGUAUAUUGAUGAGAAAAUAUGUAUUGAAUGUAUUAAACUAAUUGAAAGUCUACUUGAAGUAUCUGCUGGGCAGAAUGCCCUUGAAAAGUUCUUCUGUGAUAUGGAUGCCGAUGAAACGUCAAGUGAAACCUCUCCAUCUAAACGUGAAAACCGUGGUAUUGUGAGCUUGAUUACAUCUGCAUCCAGAAAAAAUUUGUCAUCAGCCUACUCCAGUAGAAUUUUGAAAUUUCUUGUCAAAUUGUUUGAAUUGACAGAGAAAAAUUCGGACUCGAUCAGUUUGGUUCGCCUCUGCUCUUCGCUCACUCAUUUAAGAAACUUUACACCUCAAGAAAAUGAAACAUAUCUCCAAGCAUGGCUCAACAAGCUUUUUUGUUACAAAAGUGAUCUAGGAGAAUAUAAUUUCAUUACCCAAGAAAAUCGACAAGCCUUUCAAAGUUUAACAUCAUAUAUUGUUAAGGAAAAUUCCACCGUCGAUGAAGAAGUAGCCGAAUCUAUUCUUUCUGCCUUGAUACCUAUUGCAUCAAUCGUGCUAUCCUGUAGUCUAGAUGCUAAAGGUUUUCCUGAUUUACUUGCCACUAUGACUACACUAGCUAGUGCUGGUUCAGGAACAGGUCAUUUUGAGCUUGUUAAAGCAGUAUUUGGUUGGUUAGAUGUUUGUAGUAAAUAUCUUUCUCAGAAAGAUGUGCUAGAAAAACUGGAAAACAAUGUCACUGCAGGACGCCAUCAAAUUAUUAUUGAAUCAACCUGUUAUAUGUUAUCUUAUUUGUCUGAUGUAUUCGAAGCUUUCAAACUUCUCAAUAAUGAAAAUAAUUUAUCUGAUCGGCCACCUUCGCCAACAGAUGAAUCUAGUGGACUUGAUCUAGAAUCUGAGUGGGUAGAUGAUUUAACCUGCCUUGAUGAUGAUGAAUCAGCUGGAGAUGAAUCAGAUGAAGAUUCUUUGUGCAAUAAGCUUUGUACUUUUACCAUUACUUUGAAAAAUUUUAUGAACCAGCAUUGGUAUCAUUGUCAUACCUGUAAAUUAAUUGACGGGGUAGGUGUUUGCACAGUUUGUGCCAAAGUUUGCCACAAAGACCACGAUGUCACCUUUUCCAAGUAUGGCUCCUUUUUCUGUGAUUGUGGUGCUAAACAAGAUGGCUCUUGCUUGGCAUUAACCAAACGAACUCAAAAUAGCCAUGAUAAUGAACAAACAGCAUCUUAUCGGUUACCGGCAUAUUCAUGUAGUCAAGAUAAAAGUAGACGACGCCCUUCAUCACCUGAUGGAGAUUCCGCUGAUGAUAGAAUCAAACGUCAAGUGUCAUCUGAGAGUCAUGCAAGAUAUCAAGUUUUAGCUCGUCAAUUACAAUCAAGGAAACGUGAAUUGUUAUCCCUUUUAACAAGUCGAAACGUAGGCUCAACUAUAUUGGAUCUUUUAAAUGUAACAGUUCCUUCAAUUAUUAAAAACUGUCAAGCAAACUCAUCGAUAGGCUGUUCCAUUAGAGCGAAAAAAUCUCUAAAAGAUCUGCACGAGAAACCUAAAUCAAUUGAAUAUAAUGAUGUGCUUAUGGUACCAACCUUAGGUUCUCAAGAAGGAGCUUUCGAAAAUGUCAGAUUAAGCUAUUCAGGUGAACAAGGCCAAGCCAUUCGUCAACUUGUAUCAACAAAUGUUAUUCGUCGAGUUGCAAUGUGUGCUCUUGUCUCGCCCUUUGGUAAACGUCAACACCUCGCUGUUAGCCAUGAAAAAGGAAAGAUAACUCUUCUUCAACUAUCAACUCUUCUCAAACAGGCUGAUUGUUCAAAGAAAAAGUUCACCCUUUCACGAUUAGCCUCAGCGCCUAUACCUUUCACUGUUCUUUCAAUGGCCUCUAAUCCUUGCAAUGAAGACUUUCUUGCAGUUUGUGGUCUCAAAGAUUGUCAUGUUCUCACUUUCAAUCCCAACGGCAAUGUAUCUGGUCAUCUUGUUUUACAUCCAAUGCUUGAAGCUGGAAAUUAUCUAAUCAAGUCAGUUUGGCUACCAGGAACUCAAACUGAAUUAGCUUUGAUUACCAUGGAUUUUGUUAAAGUUUACAAUUUAAGUGUCGAUGUUAUUUCACCUCAAUUCUUCUUCUUACUACCAUCUGGCAAAAUAAGAGAUGUAACAUUUGUUAUAACUGAAAAUCAGCGUUACAUUCUUAUAAUAUCAUCAGCUGGUCACAUUUAUUCACAAAUUUUGAGUGAUGAAUCUUCUGCUCGCCACGGGCCUUUUUAUGUUACCAAUGUGCUUGAUGUAAAACACUCUGAUAUCCGAGAAACCUCAGGAGGUCAGAUAAAUUCUGGUGGAGUUUCUAUUUACUACUCACACAUGUUGCAACUUCUCUUUACGAGCUACUCAAACGGCAAAAGUUUUGUUGCUGCUUUAACUGAAGUAACAUCAGAGAUUUCUCAUCUCUUUCCCAUCGAAUUAUCAAACCCAAAUCGCGAUCAUGGAGCCUCGCCACCCUCUAAUGGUGGAUCAAAAAGUUCAUCUUCAUCACCAACUUCGACUGCACCUGGACCGCAACCUUUAUGUCAAUGGUCGGAAAUUCAGGGUCAUCCUGGGCUUGUUUGUGCUGUCUGUCAACCGACAGGUCAUCCUGUAAUUUUUAUGAUAAAAACUGAAAACAUUAUCAUUCAUGAGAUUCAAUUCACCAGCACGAAAUCCAAAAUAACUGAUAUGGUUCCAGUUAGACAUACAACAUCAGCAGGAGAACUCAGAACAACUUUGAUACUCUUGUGUGAAGACGGUAGCUUAAGAAUUUACAUGGCAAAUCCAGAAGGAACCAAUUUCUGGUUACAGCCAUCUCUUUGUUCCGCUUUUACCAAUGGAUCUGGCUUACCAUCAUUAGGUCUUAAAUCGUCAAAGAAACGAAAAUCAAACAAACCUAAUAAACUCAAUUCUGGAGGAACAACAUCCGGAGGAACUGUUAGUUUUCCAAUUGAUUUCUUUGAACAUUGUACACUUUUAACCGAUAUUGAAUACGGUGGAAAUGACGUUCUGCAAGUUUAUAACGUCCAACAGCUGAAAAAUCGUCUAAACGCUACUGGUAUGUACAUAGCAAGUACCAAACCAGAAGGUUUCACCGUCGAAGUAACAAAUAACGAUCCUUCCAUGGUAAUUGUUGGUGUGAGAAUAUUUCUCGGAACUCAAGAUACCAUUAAAGUUCCAUCUUAUAUUGAAAUCUUUGGAAGACCUAUUCAUGUCUACUUAACGCGAAAUCGUUGGUAUGAUUUUCCCCUAACUCGUGAAGAAUCGCUUAUGGCUGAUCGAAAAUUAAGCAUUUUCUUUGGUGCCAGUGGUGAUCCAAACAACAUCACAAUGGUUGACUCAAUUAAAGUUUAUGGAAAAACUAAAGAAGCCUUUGCCUGGCCUGAUGAAGAUGUUGAGAAUGUUGGUAAUACUGGAACUGAAUCAAUGAUUCAAAAUGUCUCCGAUUUUGAUAUAAUGAGUCUAGCUUCACCUUAUGCUACCCAAUUGUCAUCAUUAGACAGACUUCUCAGCUGCAUGUUGGAAGUACUUGAUGGCUCAUUUACUUUAGGAAUUGCCGGAACAUCGUUAGAAAAUAAACAACAAAUUCACAAACAAGCCUUGGAGAUUGUAACCAAUCUUCUUACCUAUCCAUUUCCAGUUCCUGUUCAUCAAAAUAUCAAAUAUCUUUUACUCACAUUGCACCAAAAUAAAAGUUCGUUCAAUAACCACCGAGAUGCUGCAAUUCUCAAUUAUGUGAUAAAGUCAUUGUCAGAAGCCAAUGCUGCCGGCGAAUUAGAUGGUGAAGCUUUUUAUCGUCUCAUUAUUUUGACUAAAUCGAUUGCCAUAUCAAGACCUGAAAAUCUCAUCAAAUUCAGUGAGUGCCUCACCCUUGCUAUGACUCAAUCAGAGCAACAACGAUUAACCGAAGAUCAAUCUGAUAACGCUGAUUUAAGCUCUAGUAAAAGUUGCUCCGAACUUUUAAGCCGAGCCAAGUCCAUUGAAGGGCCAAGUAAACCAACUAGACCUUCCGUUUUAGGAGCCCCACAAAGAUCUGUGUCAUUUGUCGAAACGGUUGCCAGUAAAGAUGGAAAAUCGGGUGAUUCUUUUCUCAUCUACCUCAGUGAUACCUUCUGGAAACUUUACUGUAUGCGACCCAAGAAUCCAUUAUUAACAUCCAUUGCCUCUUCUGGUCUUGUUCACGUUGAAGCUACUGUCCAAGUUCUUGUCGAAAUUAUUAUUGCCUUUACCCUGGUCGAUGUUAGCAACAUUGGCACUGCUUCACAAUUGUUGAUGAAACUUUUCCUCUGCAAAAACCCGGUUAUAAGUUUUGGAGCUAAACAAGCACUUAUACGUUUAUUAAGUCCAAAGGUAAGAAAACGAAAAGCUCCUACUUCAAUUUCAUCGGCAGCCUCAGCUACCGCCUCAGCCUCUACCUCUGCUCCCGGUGAACCCAAGAGUGUUAUCUCUACGUCUGGACCCGGUUCAAGUAGUUCUUGUCCUACCGGCUCAAAUGUUGCUAGAGCAUCUUCAAUGCCUUCCGACCAACCAGCUAGUCUUGAUAAUCAGAUGAAUCUUGACCCAUUCUCUCAACAUCUUAUUCAACAGCAAUUCGAGCUUAUUGAAGAACUUGAUCAAGUCGCGGCCCAAGGAUUGAUGAGAGUUAUUGAUGCACCUCUUCUAGAGUUUCCUGACGUUGACGAUCAAGAUGAUCCAAUGGCUGACCUCGCUAUUGUUUCAAGUCUUCAAGAACAAGCUGCAGCAGCUCGAGGUUUAUCUGUGAUUGAACAGUCAGCUGCUUCUUCAUCUGGAGGUCCUUCAUCUUCACAACGAGGAGGUAGUUUAGAGGAUAGAAGUCAUUAUUCAGACACAACAGCGUCAGCUGCUGGCUCUGAUGACGAAGGAUCCACUGCGGCAACUGAUGGGUCAACUUUACGAACAAGUCCUGUUGCCAAUGAAACCGAAAAUGUGGCCGAUGGUGGAGGAUCUGAAAGUGGUGCGAGUGGCGUUGAAUCUGUUAUUGGUGAACAUGUUGCCUCUGGUCGCAGCUCAACUUAUGGUGAUGAUGCAGCUGCUAAAGGACAACCUCGUGAAUCACAAGAAACGGGAUCAGAAAUAACUGAAAGUGAAAAGCCCGAUUCAACCAGUCACAAGUUACACAAUAUAAGACUUUACCUUCUCGAAAAACUUGUCGGCAGUCUUUCCGAGAUUCGUGGUAUUGGUGGAAUCCAUUCAGUUUCCAUGAUGCAAGUUAUAGUCAUGUUAUCAUCCGAUUUAGAUUGCAGUAUUGAAAAAGAUAAAGCAGUUUUCAUGUCUCUGCUCAAUGCACUUAUCAAUGAGCUUCAUCAUGGUUGCCGUGAUGCUAAACAAUUAAUUGAACGAACCCCAGAGAAUGAAGUUAAACUGAUAAUUAUGCGUCUUCUUAGUAUUUUAAUGACUCGAAUGAAAUCAACUAGUUCUGGUUCAUCUAAGUCAACCCAUGAUCCAGCUGAAAGUUCAUUUGGGUUAUGCUCGUUAUACACUGCCCAAUCUCUUUUAAAUUCAGAGACACUCGACCUUUGCUUACAGACUCUUAUUAACCUGAAAGAUUAUUGGAAAAACAUACAACCCGAUAUUGAAUCAUCUUCUCGAAGUAGUUUCAAUCAAUCCAUGCAACCAAUUCAAACUGGAACUCCAACAACAACUGCACCUUUAAAACCUCGAAAUCUUACUCCAGUACCAGACAUGUCGCCUUUCUUUUUAAAACAAUUUGUCAAAAGUCAUUCUGAUGAUAUAUUUGCCACUUAUCCUCAGCUGUUAACAGAGAUGGUUUUAAAGCUUCCUUAUCAGAUCAAGAAAAUAUCAAACUCCUAUUCAGCUACUAAACAAAUAGCGUUUCCUCAUGCCUGGUUAGAUGUUCUUUGUGAAUAUAUGAUGAUUCAAUUGGCACCUAUGAUUCGUAAACAGGUUCGCAAGUUGCUUAACUUUAUCUGUGGAUCAAAGGAAAAAUAUCGCCAAGUUCGUGAUUUUCAUGCUUUGGAAUAUCAUUUCAAUGAGAUAAAGAAAAUUUGCCAACAAGGAGGUUUCAAUGAAACAAGUGAAACGACUGGAAGACAGGGAGUCAUUAUUUCAUUAACUUAUGAUUCUACCAUAGUUCUUAUAGAGCAUCUCAAGGCAUGCUGUGAUAUUGCUUCUUCUCGAACCUUGAAUUGGCAAAAAUUCUGCCGCAACAUUUCAACAUUGACCUUUUUCAUGCGUGCUAGUUUCCUUCUGGAUGAAGGAGUUUCACCAAUUUUCCUUCAACUUUUACAGUAUGCUUUAUGCAGGCCAAUACAAUCGUCCAGCUCAGUCAAGUCUGAAGGUGGCAUCAAAGUUCCGGUAACUAUACUUCAAGGCAGCACAUCUGUAUCAUCAUCAAUGCCACCUGAAUCUACUGAUAUUGCCAGUCGUGAACAAGCCAAUUUAGCAGCCCUACUUGCCCAACAAUUUAUCACUCAAUUGGAUAGAACACUGUUAAAUCAAUUUAUCCAAUGUUUUCUGCUUGAGUCAAAUUCAUCAUCCCUCCGAAUGCAAACUCAUUCACUGAUCUUCAAUAUGUAUAAAAAUAUCGAUGAACCAGCUCAUCAUAAAAUAUUGUUGGAAAUUUUGUGGUCUCUUUGGGAUAAAGUUCCCUGUUAUGGUCGUAAAGCUGGUCAAUUUGUAGAUUUGCUGGCUUACUUUACACUGAAAUCAAAUAUACCCGAAGAGAAGGAAGUUGAAUAUAGAGAUAAAGCCCUCUCUAUUUUACGUCACCAAAACAAAUUACUCAUUAAUCAUCCAAAUUCAGCCCUUUACAACAGCUUGCAAAAUUUAGUUGAAUUUGAUGGUUACUAUCUUGAAUCCGAACCCUGUUUGGUAUGCAAUAACCCUGAAGUUAGUUACAGUAACAUGAAGCUGUCAUCAGUCAAAGUUGACUCUCGAUUCACUACAACAACUCAAAUUGUUAAACUUGUCGGAAGCCACACAAUAUCUAAAAUAUCUCUACGAAUUGCUGACAUUAAGCGAUCCAAAAUGGUCAAGACUCUCAUCAUCUAUUACAACAACCGAUCCGUUCAUUCAGUUGUUGAACUUAAAAAUAAAACCGGAAUAUGGCACAAGGCUAAAAAAUGUCAACUUGCCUCUGGACAGACUGAAGUUAAAAUUGAAUUUCCUCUGCCCAUUGUUGCCUGUAAUUUGAUGAUUGAAUAUGCAGAUUUUUACGAAAACAUUCAAGCCUCCUCUGAAACUCUUCAAUGUCCGCGUUGUUCAGCCUCGGUCCCAGCAAAUCCUGGUGUUUGUGGUAAUUGCGGUGAAAAUGUAUUCCAGUGUCAUAAGUGUAGAUCCAUUAAUUAUGACGAAAAAGAUCCCUUUUUGUGCAACUCUUGUGGUUUCAGUAAAUAUGCCAAGUUUGAUUACACGUUAACAGCUAAACCAACCUUUUCGGUUGAUCCAAUUGAGAAUGAAGAAGAUCGCAAAAAGACAGUUCAAACAAUCAAUACACUUCUCGAAAAAGCUGAUAGAGUGUAUAAAGGAUUAAUUGCCAAUAAACCAACUCUAGAAUUGUUAUUAUUGCGUAUUCAAGAGCAUGGAUUUAUGGACAAAAUGUCUGAUGAAGCUUUAGGUAUUGUGCCUUCUGGAUCUGGUUACCCUUCAACUGGUCCAAUUAAUGUUCCAACUAGCAAUUCAUCGAGUCAUGUUAAUCGAGCUAUUCAACAAGUUGCUCAUAAAUAUUGUGUUGAAUGUAAAGGAUCCUUUGAUGAGCUUAGUAAAAUCAUUCAAAAAGUUUUGGCCUCUCGUAAGGAGCUAGUCGACUAUGAUAAUGUUCAACGAGACAGCAUAACAACCACUACCAAAGUAUCAACAAAUGGUAAAGGAAGUGCCACUCGGCGUGAUUCAAAAUUUGUCGUUUCUCUUGCUUCAGCUUCUGGUCGAUGUUAUGGAUGUGCUUGUGCCGUUGUUGAACUUUGUAUAACCCUUCUCAAAGCCUUAGGAACUCAACUCAAAUACCGAAAAUUACUUUGUAGCAGUGGGUUGUUGCAACAAUUGGUUGAUUAUAAUUUACGAACCGGUAGCAGUUCUGUGCGACAAGAAGUUCGCCAGUUACUUGUCACUCUUACUUUGGACAACCCUGAAGCUACUGACCAACUCAAUGAUAUGCUUAUGUACAAAAUAAUUGCCUCACUAGUGUCACCCUCAUCCAUGCGACACGACUUAACUUCAAGUGUUCGCCAUGAGAUUGCUCUUCUCAUCUGUUCCCUUGAAAGAGAAGAUUCGUGCUGGGAAAAGCGACUCCGUUGUGUUUUGCGUCUUUUCCGUGUCAGUUUAUCCUGCAACAGUCCUUCUGUCCUUGAAUCAAUUACACUCCCGUGUUUAAAAUUAUUGAUUAAUCUUAUCAAACCAGAUUCUUUCGUGAUGAAGAAAAAAGAGAAAACCAUUGAACAAAUGGCAGGUAUGACAAUUCGUGGAAGUCAAAUUAGUGUUGAUCUUAAUAAGUGGUUAGCUGAAGAUAAUGAUCAUAAUUUCAAUGUUUGGAAAAAACGAUGUGCCAAAAGUUGCGUCUCUCUUCCCUCCGUAUCAGGCGCUCGCGAAAAACUAGGAAAAUCCAAAGAAAUUGUUCGCUCAUUCUUUUUAAUGGAAAAAUAUGGAAACCGGUGGAAGGAAAAGACAAUUGAAAAAGGUCAUUUCAAAAUUGAAUGUAAACUUAUUGGAAAUAAUUGGCUUCGAUCAGUUUUAUUCAACAAAUUUUCACGAACUGUUCGUUUAAUGGCUUGCUCAUUGGUUGGAGCCCUAUUCCAGACCCCUAGUCGAAGAAAAGAAUUGAUUGACAUUUUAACCUGUUAUCUUGAUGAACUUGGCAUUGCUCGUGAAUAUUCGCAAGAAUUUUUCACCCUUUAUCACAGUCUUAUCCGACAAGAUCAUUGGAAAUAUUAUCUUGCCUUGAAAGGAGUUUUACUUCACCUGGGUUCUCUGAUAACUAAUGAAAUUGAAAAAUUGAAUGAAUUGGAAGAGAUAACGCUCAACUCUGAUCUCUCUGAAGGAUGUGCCUUGAAAAUGCUUGUUGAUCUUCUCACAGUAUUUGUUGACGUUCCGUCAAUUCGCAAACAAUACAAAUCACGUCUAGUGGCAUUCAUACUUAAUGGAUAUCUUUCCUUAAGAAAAUUGGUUGUCCAGCGAACCAAAAUUAUCGAUGAAACUCAAGAUAAUUUACUUGAGCUGCUCGAAGAGAUGACCACUGGAACUGAAAGUGAAACUUCUUCAUUUAUGGCUGUUUGCGUUGAAGCUGUUAACAAAUGUAAAUUAGAUGAUCUGAGAACACCAGUGUUCAUUUUUGAGCGCCUAUGUUCCAUAAUCUAUCCCGAAGAAAAUGAUACAUCUGAAUUUUUCAUCAAUUUGGAAAAAGAUCCCCAACAUGAAGAUUUCUUACAAGGACGAAUGCUUGGCAAUCCUUAUCCAUCAACCGAACCAGGAAUGGGUCCUUUAAUGAGAGAUAUUAAAAACAAAAUCUGCCAAGAUUGUGAGCUAAUUGCCUUAUUGGAAGAUGAUUCAGGUAUGGAACUGCUAGUCUGUAACAAGAUUAUCAGUCUGGAUUUACCAGUGGAAGAAGUGUACAAGAAAAUUUGGUUAACGGAAAACAACGAGACUGAGGCCAUGAGGGUAAUUUAUCGGAUGAGAGGUUUAAUGGGAGAUGCAACUGAAGAGUUUAUUCAAACCUUGGACUCUAAAAACAAUGAAAACGUUGACAAUGAGCAAGUAUUUAAAAUGGCCAAUGUAAUGAGUGAAUGUGGUGGAUUGGAAGUGCUGUUACAACGGCUUGCUGUAAUUCAAGAUCUGUCUGCACGAAGUCGUCCUUUGCUCCUGGUUUUACUUAAAUUGUUUGACUAUUGUGUUAAGGUUAGACAAAAUCGUCAAACUUUAAUUGAUCCAUCUUUGAAAGCAAUUAAUGUCCUUUUGAAUACCUUAAAAAUGGCCAUUAUUGCUGAUCCCAAUGAUUUGGCUUCUUGUGUUGGAGGAGGUUUCUCUUCGGCUGGUAAACCCAAUGUCUUGGAAAUGAUUCUUGUCAUUAUGGAAAGUAUUUUAGUUGAAGCUUCAAAACAAUCUCGAGAAGAGUAUGAUCGUUUCUAUCAUGAAACUUGUGGUGCAAAAGAUGAUAUUAAAUUUCUUCUCAAUGCUGCUGAACAUGAAAAUGUGCGACACAACACCAAUGUCAUGCACAUGUUAAUGAAAGUAAUACCAUUGUUAACAUUGGGAGAUAAAGAAAAAAUGGCAACUCUUUUAGAUCACUUUAGACCUCACCUCAAUUUCAACAAGUUUGACUUUGAUCAUACACCAGAAAAUGAUUUCCGUAUCGAUUGUUUCUGUGUUAUGCUUCAUGGAAUUGAGAAAAAUGAAAAUGGAAAUCGUCUCAAAGACUUCAUUCUAAAUGAAGACAUCGUUUCCAAUGCACUGGCUUACCUCAAAAUUCAUGCUCCUCCCGUUAAAUCAGCCCUUCUGGCAACAUCAGAAGAAUGGAAAGAAUUUACUCAACGACCAGUGUUGAAAUAUGUCCUUCGUAUGUUAACCGGUCUUUGCUCUGGUCAUCCAAGUAGUCAAAUGCUUGUAGCAGCUGAAUCAAUACCUGUUAUUCAUGGUCUUGAACAAGUUUCCUCAGAUUCUCAUGUUGGCAGUCUAGCUGAGAUGCUUUUGGAAGCAUUGAAAUAUCAAAACUCGGUGGUUUCAGAAAAGAUUGAACACGUUCGUAAACAAACUAAAGAAGAGAAAAAGAAACUUGCCAUGGCAGUCAGACAGAAACAACUGGGUGAACUGGGAAUGAAAGCAAAUGAACGUGGACAAGUAAUGGCCAAAAGUUCCAUCCUAAGGCAGGUUGAAGAUUUGGGUGAAGAGCAAGGUUUGAGUUGCAUCAUUUGUCGAGAAGGAUACAAAUUUCAACCCUCAAAGGUACUUGGAAUUUACACUUUUACCAAGGAAUGUCCAAUUGAACAAUUUGAAUUGAAGCCCAGAAAAACCAUGGGCUACUCAACUGUAACUCAUUUCAAUGUGGUUCACGUUGAUUGUCACAUGGCUGCUGUGAGGCAUGCAAGAGGACGAGAUGAAUGGGAAUCGGCUGCUCUUCAAAAUGCCAGUACCAAGUGUAACGGUCUUUUGCCCCUUUGGGGUCCAUCAGUUCAAGAAUCUGCCUUUGCUUCUUGCCUUGCUCGUCACAAUACUUACCUUCAAGAGUGUACAGGUCGUCGAGACAUUAGCUAUUCGUGUACCAUUCACGAUUUAAAACUAUUGUUGCUUCGUUUUGCUUCUGAAGAAUCUUUCUCUUUGGACUCUGGUGGUGGUGGACCUCAAUCAAAUAUUCACCUAAUACCCUACAUGAUUCACAUGGCUCUCUAUGUUAUCAACACCACACGAUGUGCAGCUAAAGAGUCUAAAAAGAUUACAGCUUCUUUCCUUGAUUUGCCUCCGUCCAAAUGGGUUGAAAAUUCAUUUGAAGCUGACAGUCCCUUCUAUUGGACAACAAUUUCUCUGGUCAUUCAUCCUCCCUUCUUUUGGAAAAAACAUCGACUUACCUUUUUAAAGCGUCUAUUAAUUGCUGCCCAAGCUCGCCACAUUACACCCAAAGGAGCAAACCAUUUGAUUGAUAAUCGGCCGCUUGAUUAUUCAGUUUACAAAUCAUCACUGAUAUUUUUUGCUCUAAUCGAUUCCCUUUAUUCAAUAAUGUUUAAAAUGGUUCUGCCUAAAGCUGAUGAAAACUCGGGUGUUUCCUGUGAAACCUGGACCCUGGCUUUAGCUGAAUACAUACGAAAUAAUGAUCAAGCUCUCCUGGAAAAUGGUGACAAAUUGUUACGAUUUUAUGAGCAAGAUUUACUUCUUUGCCAAUCAUUUUAUGAAUUAAUUGAUGUUCUUGCACUUCAUCAUUUGGUACCUGAUCCAGACACUUUUCUUGAAUCAUGUUUCCGUUUACCUUUAAAUUGAUAACAAAUAAGCAACACACACACACACAAACAAGACAGCAAAACAUAAGAAUAUAAUUCACUAAACCCGAAAAAAACUCAAAAAUUGUAAUUCAGUUCAAGUGCAUUCAAUGACAUUAAACAUUUCAUUUGUAAACUAUUAUCAUAACCAAAAUUAAAGUUGAUUGCUAAUAAUAAAAUAAAUAACACUCAAUUAUUAUUAA